GCAGGGAAUGGUGAGUCCACAGUGAGGUUCGGGAAGCAGGUAACAACCUGCAGUUAUUCUAGUCAAAUCCAAGGCUCUAAGUUCUCAAAUUUCCUAAGAACGCAGUGAUAGAGGCCAUACCCCAAGGUUAAUCUCUCAAGCACCAAAAAUUCUGCAGCACAAGCCACCUGAGAUCAACACAUCAUCUAAUGGCAGCUCGGCUUGAGCUACAGAAUGAACCUCUCUGCUUACACAUGGGAGGUUGUCACCAGGACUGAUCCAAAAUGACAACAGCUCAAUUUGAUUGUCAAUACUGCACAGCAUCACUUCUUGGGAAGAAGUAUGUACUAAAGAAUGACAAUCCAUAUUGUGUUUCAUGUUACGAUCGUAUCUUUUCUAACUAUUGUGAGGAGUGCAAAGAACCAAUCGAAUCAGGUUCCAAGGAUCUUGGUUACAAAGGCCGACACUGGCAUGAAGCAUGCUUCAACUGUGCCAAAUGCAAUCACUCUUUGGUGGAAAAGCCUUUUGCUGCCAAGGACGAGCGCCUGCUGUGCUCGGAGUGCUACUCUAACGAGUGCUCCUGCAAGUGCUUCCACUGCAAGAGGACCAUCAUGCCUGGUUCUUAUUUGGGGUGGCACAGGUUCCCGCAAAAUGGAAUUUAAGGGAAACUACUGGCAUGAAACCUGCUUUGUGUGUGAGCAUUGUCGACAGCCAAUAGGAACGAAACCUUUGAUUUCCAAAGAGAGUGGCAAUUAUUGUGUGCCAUGUUUUGAGAAGGCGUUUGCUCAUUACUGCAGCUUUUGUAAGAAGGUGAUAACAUCAGGUGGGAUAACGUUUCAUGACCAGCCGUGGCAUAAAGAGUGUUUUCUGUGCAGUAGCUGUAGGAAAGAGCUCUGUGAAGAAGAGUUUAUGUCCAGAGAUGAUUAUCCAUUCUGUCUGGACUGCUACAAUCAUCUUUAUGCCAAAAAGUGUGCAGCCUGUACCAAGUCUAUUACUGGUCUCAGAGGCGCCAAAUUUAUCUGCUUUCAAGACCGCCAGUGGCACAGUGAAUGCUUUAACUGUGGAAAGUGCUCAGUCUCCUUGGUGGGGGAAGGCUUCCUGACCCAGAACAAGGAAAUCUUCUGCCGCAAAUGUGGCUCUGGAUUGGAAACUGACAUCUAGAGGGAGAAGAGCCCUUCCUCACCUGAAAUCCACCUUGCUUUUGUUCUCACUAAAUCCAGACCUUGCUUGAAGUAGUAUUUCUGAGUUAUGUUUCAGCACAUUUUAAUGCAGCGUUUAUAGCAGGAGGAUUUUUUGCACACACACACACACACACACCGAUUGAACUGUAUCAUAAGAGCUCAGAAAAAGCAGUCGAACAGGAAUGAACAUAUCCUAACUCACAAAGGCAUCUCUCCUUGCAAAAUACUGCACUCUGCUGUUAAAAGCAUAGGAGAAUAUCUCCUUAUUGCAAUCAAACAUAUGACCUAUACCUAGAAGUAUGGAUGUUAUUACCAAAGACUGAUGGUUUUAAAACUGCAGAGUAAAAAAAGGAAAUUAAGAGAUUAAAUUGACAGGCAUAUGUGAAGCUAAUGUUUGCAUUCCUAGCUAGCUAGUUAUAUAUAAAGUGAUAGACUGGCUAUUGUUGGUAGAAGAACAAAACUGAUCAGAAAAACUGAUCAGUAAUCAUCCGAUUUGAGAAUUCUGCCCCUUUAUCAUUCUUUUAUUCACACAUACUGACUUUGGAGCUGCAAAACAAAACUGCAGUUUGACCUCCUAUAUGCUGCUUCCAGAGCUAGCUGGCUCCAUGUUUAACAAAUGGAAAUGAGAAUUUGGACACUGUGGCUCUCAUACUCUGCAUGGUUAUGAAGGGAUCUUCUCUACCUGGGGAUAGUUAGAGCCUAGGUUUCAACACAUGUUGCACCAAAUGCAUUUUCAAAGCCCACAUGAUUUUUUUAAAUACUUAACAGAUUCCAUGAAAGAGAAGUCUAUUCUCUCAAAUGAGCUAACUGGGGUAAUCAUUGUCCCCAAAGGCAAACCUUUAAAGUAAAUAGAUCAUUAAGUCAUCACUUGUGGAAAUGAGUUUUAGGAAAGGGAUUGAGCGAUGGAACAUGACUUUCAUCCCGAUAUCUACAGGCAUAAUAGAAUGCAUAAUUACCUCUGAGCUUCAUGCAUUUUGCCUUCUAAAAUUACACAGUUGAUUAAUGAGAAGACAUGAAAGUGGGCUUUGACAGAAUUUAGUAAUAAUAAGAAGUGAGAAAAAAUAAUUCACUGCUGAUAAUUCUGGACCUAUAAAGCAAUACCAUAGACCAAUAUGGGCGGUAGAUGAGCCCUCCCCACUGUUGCACCACACCUGUGCCACCCCCCUCACCUCAUGCCAACCAUGUACCAAGAGUUCCAACCUCCUGCAUGGCCCACAGCUCCUGCAUGGCCCACAGGUUCUCUCCCAACCCUGAGCAGCCAUUCUACAAAUAAGUCAGUGUUUAUCGGUCACAAGAGAAGAAACAGCCUUAAUGAAAAGUUUAUCACCAUAUGCAUGUCGUUCUGCCAGACAUCAACUAAUGAUCGCCCUACCGAGCUGCAAUAUUUUCCACAUUAUGAGGGACAAAUGAAAAGCAAACUCUUUUCUCCAUGGUCAAUUACUGUCUUUGUUAUAGUGUCACUUAGGUGGAGUAGAGGGAGGUCAGAAGAAAGCUAUGCGGACGUAACAUUUUUAUAAGUGUCUACUUUCAGAUUACUGCCUAGCACUAAAGGUUCUGAUUGAAACCUAAUUAUAUGAUGUAGCUGAUUACAGUGAUUAAAAUAGUAUCACAGGAGAUGCAAUUAAAAUUGUUAUGGAAACACAAUUUUUGAAAUAGUUCAAAAUGCAAGGACGUUUGGAGAUGCUAACAAUUUACAGUUGCUAAUAAAAGGUCAGGUUACAAAGGCUGUUUGAAAGAUAUAACUGUCUUUUUUUGUGUAUGUGUAGUAACAACACCAAGAUAACUUUUCACAUUCACAGUUUAAGAUGUAGGCAAAACCGUCAAUAUUUUUCCUGCAUUGUUUGAAAUUGCACAUAUAGAACUAAACACUCCAAUUGUUCUCUGAACCAGAACAUAAUAGUGCAUUAUAUGUUUAGAAAACCAAGCCCUUUUAAAAGGUCUGGAUAAAUAUAUGAUAUGUAACAUUGUCUGAGUUAACCAGUUACAGAAAAACAUGCAAAAUGUGAUGAAUUUUCUAAGUUAAACAAUGAGUAAUGUUUAAGCAUUUCGCUUUGUGUAUGGGCAAGUAUGCACGUGGUCAGGUUUGCAUUCUAUCUGUACAAUUAAAAUUUACAGAAUCGUUUCUGAGAUAGAGAUUCUUUUCUCAUAUCUGAGAUAUUCGUUUCUCCUUUGAUACAUAUACUUAAAUACAUAUACUUUCACAUAUAAAUAAUUUCAUAUUUAGAAUUUAGCUUCAUUAUCAGAUAUGUAUUGUACCAUGCACAGAGUUGGAGCUCAAACCGCUGUGGUUCUGGGGUGGUGGGAGAUCACGUUAUGGAAAUGCGAGAUUGCCAGAUACAGAAAUCUUCCCUAGAGCUGAAAAACAGUGCCACUGUGGACGUAAUAUACAUAUGCAAAACUCUGAAGAAAGAAGACCUCAUUAGACUGCCAUACACACAAAGAUAUAAGUACUGUAUACUGUAAUUGAUUUUGGGUCAGUAAAGAGAAAAGCUCUCUGACCUAUCCAGAGAUGGAAUAGACUGCCUCAGGAAGCAGUGGGCACCCAGUGAUUCAAGGAGUGACAUGUGCAUGGGCAGGAAAGCAGUUAGAAGCCAAUCCUGUGUGCUAAUAACAACCAGAUGGCUUGGAAGUAGCAGAGAGACUGUGCCAAAGAGCAAGAAGAAAUGAGAGAGCUAAAAAGAGAAAAGGUCAGAUGAAGACAGAAUAUUAAUUCUGAGGAUAAAAGCUUUAUAUGUGAUAUAACAGAGACUAGAAAGUGACUAACUGCUCUCAAAGAGAGGAGAAAAACAUUAUGCCUGUGUUUGAGGAACAUUAUGCUAAUGAUUCUGUAUGGCCUAGAACUGAAGGGGGCAGGAUUUCAAAAGCUAAGUCUCUUAAUGCAGUAACACAUUUGGUGAGUGGCCACAGAAAAGAAAGAAGGAGCAAUGGGUAAUGCAAGCCAAGAGCUAUCGAUGAGAAUACAAGUCAAUGAAUCAAAAUAUUUUAUGUUAGCAUGUUAGGAUUAAAUAUAACAAAGAAAAACAAAAGAAUUUCUGUUUCCAUAAUAAUAGGUAGGGUACACAAGGUUUCAAUUUUCACUUAACAAGAUCAUAAACAUGUUAUAUUGGAACAGUCCAGGUUCAUUGGUUAAGUGAAGUAUGACAGAGUACCAUCCUGGAUUCAGAAUGUACCCAGUCACUAUAGCUUUAAAAGGAACAUUAAGAAAAGAAAGAACAUUAAGUUACACAUUGGAAUGAAAGAUUGGCCAACCAUUGUAAAAAUGCAUGAUGCUGUCACAAAUGGUGUUGGUUAAAAAUUGUUGCAAAAUAUAGAAGCACAAAUAAAAAAUAAAACCUAAUAACAUAUCUCUGAUAUUAGUGACACCAGUUUUGAAUUUAAGAAAAAAGGUAUUUUUUAAUCUACUUGGUAUACUGAUAAUCAUAUUUUAAAUAAGAAAAUGAUUGUUAGAGUAUGUUUCAGAUAUAUUUAAGUGAGCACAUAAAUUAUUCUCAAAUAAUUUAGAUAGAUAUUUACUAUUGUAAUAAUAUAGUUUUUACCUAUUUUUACAAAUUGUCAUUUUCAGAAGUUUCUUAUGCUGAAUAAAUUUGCACAAUACUCAUUCUUCAAUUGUUUUUAGAGAUUUAUUUUUUACAUUAACUGUGUCAAUAUGGAAUAGCUUUGUUGUGUUUCUACUUCUAGUACAUAAGGUAGCAUGAUGACUUUUAUCUUCUUGUCCCAUCCAUUUUUACAAUACCCAAAUUAACUACAUGUUCAGAUACCAUUUCAGAGUAUUAAUAUAAAAAUAGCACAACUGAAUUCUAGCUGACCCAAAUAACACAUCUGUGAUCCUUCCUACAGUGAUCAAAUUUUUUAUAUAUUCUAAGCUAGGAAUUAUUUUAUUUCUAAUUAUCAUUUCUGUGAUCCUAAAAAUAUCUUAUCAGAAAAGGCCUAUUUUAAUCUGAUUACCCUGUUUUAACUUGGAUAGCUGUAGCUAAUUUCUUAUUAUUUCUAUAUUGGAGGAAUUGCUGGAAUUCUUAGUGUUUUUAAAGCUCCUGGGUACACAAAGGGUAUAAAAAUACUGAUUUGAAGGGUAUAAAAAAAGGCACCCGAUGUUUAUAGCAGCAUUGUCUACAAUACCCAAAUUAUGGAAAGAGCCCAAAUGUCCAUCACCUGAUGAAUGCAUAAAGAGGUGUGGUAUGUGUGUGUAUAUAUAUAAUGAAAUAUUAUUUGACCAUAAAAAAGAAGGAAAUUUUACCAUUUGCAAAGACAUGGAUGGAGCUAGAGAGUAUUACGCUAAGUGUAAUAAGUCAGUCAAAGAAAGAAAAAUACCAUAUGAUUUCACUCAUUCACGGAAUUUAAGAAACAAAACAAAUGACCAUGGUGGGGGUGGAGGGAAGAGAGGCAAACCAAGAAACAAACUCUUAACUAUAAAGAACAAACUAAGGGUUCCUGGAGGGAAGGUGGGCAGGGGGAUGGGUUAAAUAGGUGAUGGGAAUUAAUGAGGGCAUUUGUGAUAAGCGCUGGGUGUUGUAUGUAAGUGAUGAAUCACUGAAUCCUACACAUGAAACAAAUAUUACAUUGUACUCUAACUAACUGGAAUUUAAAUCAAAAUAUGGAAAAGAAAAAA